AUGAGCCAUUCCAAGUGUUCUAGAAACCGUGCUCAAUUGCCAAGCGUUCCUUUCAAUCAAUUCCAACAUUCUAGCGCCUUUAGGUUCCCCUCAGAGCCCAGAAACCUUUUUACAAAGUAUAAAGAGGCAUCAUAUUACUAUGGAGGUCAAUUGCACGAUUCCAUAUCUGAUUCCAUUGGAUUGAAGAGUCCUGGUAAUAAAUUAUCCCAUGAUCGAUCAUGCAGUAACAAGCGAGACUUUCUAGGCUCAGAUCUGUAUCAAGGAUGGGAGGACUUUUUACCGCUGUCGCCGGAAAUACUAGAUAGUUCAAGAGGCUGUUACCAAUGGAUAAAUAAAUGGGAAAAUGAUAAUCAUACUUCGUAUUCACAACGCAGUCCCUUUGUCGUCAUAUCCCCAAGACACUACUUGGUAGAACUGACCAUGCAAUUGUUUCAACAAUCAAAGUAUUCCAUAUUAUGUACUCAUCUGGGGGAUGGUAAAAUUGUACUUUCACAGGUAGAGAAUGACAAGAAAUCACAUCAACAUACAUCUCGCAAUACUACUAUGACUAAGAAAAUCCUCCAUUCUGGAUAUGCAUUGGAAGAUCUAUUGACACGGGGUCCACGGGUAGAAGACGAUCCAUUCUUUGCCAUAAUAGAGGCUGAAUUAGAUGCCAACAUUUCAUUAGUGUUGAGAUGUGAACUAGAUUCCUACAACGAGUUGACAGAAACGUUCACCGAACUAAAGUGUUAUGCACCCCUCAAUAUGCACAACGCCUAUCAUAGGGAAAAAUUACUGAAGACUUGGAUUCAGCUAGCAAUAUCGCCGAGAUGUGAUCUAUUAAUUGGCGUUAGAAACACACACAUGGGUUUAUUACAAGACCUUCAGUAUUUUACGAACAAAGAACUUUACCGAAAGAUUAACGACAGAAAUUUACCAAAAUCGCCGAAAAGGUUCAAUUAUAAUGCAGAUUUGGCUGUUCAAUGGUGUCAACACUGCAUUAGAUCCAUAUGUAAACUCGUCGGUGAGAACGUUGACCGUUCAUCACCUCAAUGCUUUAAAUUGACCAUUGACGAAUCCCAUAAAAUCCAGUUAGAAAAAUUGAAACAUGUUCCUGCUCAUGUGGAAUUACCAAUUCGUUAA